AAUAAUAUUCCGCUGUUUCCCUCCCCCCCUCUGGAUCGCGCGACAAUCGAUCGUCGCGCGGCGCGAAGUCAGUCGCGCUACGGACGCCGAUUUGACAGGAGCGGUACCUCCGUCUCCCCCUCCCGCCGCUCGGAAGUUGCCGAAUGCGACCGACAGAUUGCGAAAGCCUUCAGAAACAACAACCGUCGGCCCUUCCUCAAGGAAGAUCUGUGUGCUGUGAUUUAUCACUAAGGGGGCCAAAACACGCGCAACAACGGACAACCCCACAGGACCGGGGGGUGCUUCUCGUGUCUCGGGAGGAAGGUCAGGGUCCAUAAAGUUACCUUGGCAGUAACGAAAAAAAAAAAAAAAAAACAAAAACAAAAAAAACAAUAGAACACGCGAGAACACGAGUUACUUAUUACAACAAAUAGUGCGCAAAUCGUCCCUGUUGCGUUGCUACUUGCGUUGACACUGACAUUAGAAAAAUUCGAUGCCUUCCAGGGACGAUAUUCGCUCCCUAUCCACUGAGCAACGCUGGAUCCCUCCUUCAACUGUUAGACGCGAUGCACUCACCCCAGAAAGCCGAAAUGAUCUCAUCUUUAGAAAGGUGCGGGGUAUUCUUAACAAGCUCACACCGGAAAAAUUCGCAAAGCUGAGCAACGACCUGCUCAACGUUGAGCUUAAUUCCCAUGUGAUUCUCAAGGGUGUUAUUUUCUUGAUCUUCGAAAAAGCGCUUGAUGAACCCAAGUACAGUUCUAUGUACGCACGGCUGUGCAAACAGCUGUCUGACGAAGCCGCAAACUUUGAACCCCGUAAACCGAUCGAUGAAAGUCAAAAAGGCCAGAGCACAUUCAGAGUCCUUUUACUUAACAAGUGCAAAGACGAGUUCGAAAAUCGUUCAAAAGCAAGCGAGGCAUUUGAGAAUCAAGAUGAGCUUGGUCCCGAGGAAGAGGAGCGCCGACAGGUGGCCAAGCGCAAGAUGCUCGGUAACAUCAAGUUUAUCGGGGAGCUCGGCAAGCUGGGCAUCGUGUCGGAGCCGAUUCUACAUCGUUGCAUCCAGCAGUUGCUGGAGAAGAAAAGGCGAGGGGGAUCCCGGGGGGACGCGGCGGAGGAUAUCGAAUGCCUCUGCCAGAUUAUGCGUACCUGCGGUCGUAUCCUUGACUCGGAUAAGGGCCGCGGACUCAUGGAUCAAUACUUCAAACGUAUGAACUCUCUGGCAGAGAGUAGGGAUCUUCCUCUACGCAUUAAAUUUAUGCUGCGUGAUGUAAUUGAAUUACGCCGUGACGAUUGGAAACCGCGCAAGGCCACUAGCACCGAAGGCCCGAUGCCGAUUAAUCAGAUCCGCAACGACAACGAGGAGCCAUCGCGAGGAAAUGGUUUCCACAGAGGACGAGAGGAUCGCCUCGGUGCGGAGUUUUUACGAAAGGUGGGACGAGGCGGAUUAGAUGUGGAUAUGAUGGGAAGUAUUCCAUUGACUUCUCCCUCAUUUGGUAUGCCACCACCACCAUUCAGUCCGAAUGGAUUCGCAGGAACUCCUGGGGUUGGUUAUGGCCGUCAUAAUCAACGUAAUCAGCCAGGAGGAGGUUAUUAUCAAAACCAGAGUCGUCAUCAGAAUAAUUUUGAAGGAAAACGCAACCAGCCGCAACACAAUUUACCGCAGAACUUUAACAACAAUAGCAAUAAAGAACAACUUCGAUUCAAUAAAAAUAAGAUGUUGAUCGGAGGACAUCCAGAAGAAGUGUCUCUGAGACCUUCAGCCAAUUCAAUGAUGUUCAAACAAACUAAUAUCAACUUGAACCUACCUCUCAACAAUGAUUUGUUCCCAGGACGAGGCUCAGAUAUGCCUCUCUUGCGCACUGCUCUGAAACCCAGCUCGCCUUUAUUGCACAAAGAGACACCACCUGCUAUAGUAAUCAAGCAAGGCCCCGUAGACAAGCGCGAGAAAGCUCGGGAUAGAAAAGAUAAGGGACCCACACGGGAGGAAGUGUUGAAAAAGGUGAACGCGUUAAUGGACGAUCUUGCGUCACAUACAAAUGUGCAGGACGCUUUGGCGGCCUUCAAAGAUCUUAAGAUCCCCGAGCGAUUCUUGCGUCACGCGAUCUGCACGAUAUAUUCUAACACAUUGGAUCGCGGAGAUUCCGAACGUGAGCUCGCCAUCAAGCUCGUAGUCGAGCUCAAGAAGGAGAGCUUGCUUACUUUGCAGCAAGUGAACGAAGGAUGGAAGGAAUUAGUGGCCAGUAUAUCGGAGAAGGAAAGUACCGUGCCUUUGGUAGCGUCCCACGUUGCCUUCUUGACAGCUAAGGCUAUAGUGGACAAUCUAAUUCAGUUGACGGAUCUCGCCUCGGAAACAGAAAAUGGUCGUCAUCAUCCGCUGUUCCUAUUGACUCUACAACAGCUCCACAAAACUCAAGGCAAGACAAGACUCACGCAGAUCUUCAACGAUAGUAAAGUGGAUCUUAUCAGUCAACUGCCAGAAGCGGAGAAGACAAAGGAGCGUUUGGGCGAGAUCUUGGAAGACCGGGAAUUGACUUUCCUUUAUCCUCUUCUCAGAAUCCAAGGAGAUAUGUGGCGUCAAUUAGAGGCUGAUCCAGCGCCUAAUGCUCUUUACAAGUGGAUCAAGGAGAAGUUGGAUCCUCAACACCAUUCUGAUCCCGCAUUUAUUAAUGCUAUGAUGAAUGUACUUUUCAAAUACAUCACUGGGGAGACAACAUUGGCGCCUGGCGUUGAUCCGACCGUAAAUCCAGACAAACAACUGCAAGAAAAGGAAAGUGCGUUACUGCAGAAAUAUGCACGCUUCAUUCGCACAUUCCUGACUACCAUCGACUCUCAAGUUACGGCUCUUCAUGCGCUUCAAGUGUUUUGCUUCUCGCACAAUUUUCCAAAAGGGUUGCUGCUGCGAUGGUUCAUAGCACUCUAUAACCUUGAAGUCAUCGAAGAAGAAGCAUACCACAAAUGGAGAGAUACCGUUACCGAUGCUUAUCCGGGCAAGGGCAAAGCAUUAUUCCAGGUAAAUACGUGGUUAACAUGGCUUGCUGAAGCAUCGGAGGAGGAGGAGGAAGACGACGAGGAUGAGAAGAAUUAAUUGGAAGAGCCUCAAGAGUACUAUUCAGACUACCUAUGAUUUGGAAUAGGGUUUUAUUAUCUGUAUCACUGAACCGUAGAAGGUUUCAGUUUUAUUAAUUGAGUUAUCUCCAUCCAGAAUCGCAAACAUCUUGUUAGUCUGUCUCAAGCCCUCUCGCGUGAUUGAAAAGGACUUUACAAUCAUGUCUGGAAAAGAAUAAGAAUUUGAAACCAAUGAGUGGUAUAUGACAGACGUUUCAAGCAAGAAGUUUUAGAAUUUUUUUAGAUAAUUAAAAAAAAAAUCGGUACAUAAUUUAUAUUAAAAUAAUAUUGGGCCAGCAAAGAUACAAUCGAGAUACUACGCCGCUGUAUAAUUAUUGGUAGGGGAAACGAAAACAAAAAAGAAAAAAAAGGAAAACGCGAGAAAAUUAAUCUGGUCAUUUUUGUUGUCCGAGUUUUUGUCUAGUAUUGUGCAUGUGUCACGUUUUGUAAGUCUUUUUGUCCGCGGCAAUAAGUGAAGUCGUUUGUUAUCUCUGUGUACCAAGCAUUACAUUUAUUAUGAGGAAUUAUUAUUAUUAUCAAUUAUUAAUAUUAUUAUUAUAUUAUUAAUAUUAUACAUAAUUAUCAUCCAAUAAUCGAAAUAUAUCUACAUCUUUCUAAUGAAAAAAAAAAUCGGAAUUAAUCAGGAAUGAACGGCCAACUUAGUAGUGUACGCAAAAUGCAAACCGUGAAGCACUUUCUUUUCCAAUCCGGAAUAAAAUCUUUAGAUUGCGAUUUAGAGAUACUUAAAUUGCCGAAACUAAAGAAGAAGGAAAAAGUGAAUACACCGUUUGCCUGUGUAUCUACUUGCAGCGCCACUUGAUUCUUAAUAAGUAACUAAUUAAUUACAGUUAUAAUAACAACCAGCAGCCAACAUCACAUCCAUUUAACAAUAAUAAUUAGCGACCACUAGUGACACGACUAAAACUCGUAUUUAAAAGAAAAGAAAAAAAAGAAUAAAAUAUGCCUUGGUGUAAUUUAUUACAGAUGGCCCCCUGGUUGUUGCAUUGAUGACCAAUUACCUUCACCUUACAUUUCCCGCCUUAUAUACGCUACAUCUUUUUUUUUACGUAUAUCAUUCGAUGCCGCUGCAACAGCAAGAGAUCAGUACGCGCGAGUUGUCACGCGAGAAGAUGACAACCACGCGUAUUGAUGAGCGGAUAGAGAACCAGGUAUCGAGAGAGCUGCUGUAUUUUCCAAACACGAUCGUCGCUGAUUACGAUAGCUUAAAAUGACCUUCAGACCGGCAUGAGAGACGCCAAUAAUUAAGCCAAGCUCCGUGCGUAAUUAAAAGAUCUUAUCAUCUUCCCUCUUUCAUUUAAAAUCGUUUAAGAUGCACUCGUGGAACAUUUUGCCGCGCAUACAUCUAAUCUUUUCAUUUUCCCUUGGCAAAGCGACUGAUUAGUAUUUUUAUCGUACUAUUAGUGGAGAUUGAGAAAUACCGAGAGAAUUUGGAUACAAUUUUUCGUUGCUCAUGUAUAAUGUUCGCCGCUAGAAAAUAUUGUACAUAUAUAUAUGUAUAUACGUAUCCCUCUUUUGUUGUCUCAUGAUCUUUAAUGCCUGAUUUUAUCGCCGGACUGAAGUGUUUUUUCCCCUCUUCUCUUCAAAGAUAGCGUCCUUUUUUUUUCUUGUUAAAAAUGUGUAGCUAAUAUACACGAAGUGUUGUAAGAUCGAGCGAUAGCUCGCCGCGUUCUUUUCGUCGAGCAUCAUAUCCCAUCAUCCGGUCCAUGAAUUAAAGUUUAACGGCACAUCAAUAUACAUACAUACACAUUAAUUGCUAAUGAGAAUUCUUUUCGCAGCUGAAGCGGUAUAUAUGAUAAGUAGAACGUUAAAUGAGUGCGAUUCGAGCGAUAUGUACGAGCGUGUAUAAUAUUAUGUCAUUCACCGUUUUUUUUUGUUGUAAUAUUUUCGAAAAAAGGACAAACACAAAAUACAUAUACGAAUACAUCUCUCAUUGCGAGGAUUUGACGUCGAAUUAAUCGAGUUUCAUCUUCGCACAUAUAGAGAAAAAAAUAAACGAAAAAGGAAGGAAAUGUUUGUUACAAAAUAUUAUUGUAAGAAUACGUUAAUGGAUACACAUUCGUACUGUAUAAUUAUGCUGCCUUUAAGCGCAAGUUUUCAUUAUAUUCACGUCCGUUCGCAAAAAAGCGAUGAUGCAUAUCUUUUCAAUUAUGUUAAUUUAUUUUCUCACGCAUUUACACACAGCUCUUUGAAUUUAAUACACACACAGACAUAAAACACGCAUAAUAUUUGACCCAUGUAUAACAUUUUCAGUAUUAUUUCACGUGUAAUGAGAAUUAUAUAAUACGUUAUGUAGAAAGAUCUUUAUAAUUUCUCUUAGAUACUAAAAAUCUGAUAAAUUCGUCAUCUCUUUUAUCUCUGUCAAUAAAAACUGUGUUCCUAGGA